UCUGUUCUGUCUAGGUAAGGGAGGAGGCCAAGAGGUGGGCAGGAUAAUGUAUCCCCUCCCCCCAAAAAUACCUUCAAUGCUCUUGGGAAGGAAGAAUGUCUAGAAUGAGGAGAGGGGCUCUACUGGGUAUUGCCCCUCUUGCCCAUAAACACUCGGAUUCUAAAAGGACAGCUCGGUCAUUGUCUUCCUGAAUUUUCAUUUUUGUUUAAGAUUCCUUACCCACGAACAGUGUAUCACACUGUACAAGAUGUUUUCAUGCACAGUUUAUCAUUUAUUGCCCGAAGUGACCCUCCUGAAGUAGACGGAGCAUUCUUAAUUCAAAGGAGGGAACAGAAACAAACUCAGGAAGGAAUCAGUCACUUGCCUCCCAGUCCAGCAUUCUUAAUCCUUUUUUACAGAAGGUUUAGGAGCCUUUAAAGUCAAUAAUAACUUAAUGCAAGGUAAUCCUCUUUUAUUUUUUUAGACCUGGGAAUUGAUUUCUUGGUCAGAUUAACUGGGGUUUCUAAGCCCUUUAUUUGGAUCCCAGAGUUGGGAGAGGAGGGCAGGGGUGAGCCAGAGUAGCUUUGCUCUGCAUUUGAAGUCAUUUGGACGUUCACUUCAGAAGCUGAAGUCUCUUCAUCUUUGUCUCCCAAGAGGGUGGGUUUAAGUUCAUUACAAGGGCAUGGACAGAAUGGAGACUGGAGAGGUGGUCAGCAACAAGCAAGAGCAGCAUGGUGACUUCUGGUACUGCCUUGUGUGUUCAUAAGGACUGGGCUUGGGUUGAUCACGUUGCCGUGUUUCAUUGCCAACGAGCGGGUGCAUUCUGUCUUUUGACGUUGAAGGAGAUCUUGUGUCAAAGGAAUGAAGUGAUACAGAGGCUUCACCUGGGACACCUUGGGUGCCAGCUGACGGAGGUGAGCCAUGAGGACCUCGGCCGCUGGUGUCCUCUUCGGGAGCCUGGUGGUGGCCUUCUGUCUGCCUUUGGUGGUGACUUUACCGAAAACACUGGCCAUCCCGAAGAAGCUGCAGCAAGCCGUGGGCAAGGUGAUUGUCAAUGCCACCACCUGCACGGUGACCUGUGGCCUCGGCUUUAAGGAAGAGACUGUCUGUGAGGUGGGCCCCGAUGGCGUGAGAAGGAAGUGUAUCUCUAAGCGCUUGGAAUGUCUGACCAACUGGAUCUGUGGGUUGCUCCAUUUCACCACUCUCAGAGGGAAGGAGUUCGAGCUGAGCUGUCUGAGUUCAGACAUCCUGGAUGUGGGAACGGAAGCUUUCCGGUUCACCUGGAGACUUGCUCGCGGUAUCAUCUCAACUGAUGAUGAAAUCUUCAAACCCUUCCGGGCCAGUUCCCACUUGGUGAAGUUUGAGUCUAUUCAGGAGUAUGACUCUGGGACAUACCGGUGUGACGUGCAGCUGUUAAGAAACUUGAGACUUGUCAAGAGGCUCUAUUUUGGGCUGCGGGUGCUUCCCCCUAACUUGGUGAACCUGAACUUCCAUCAAUCCCUUACUGAGAAUCAGAAGUUAAUGGACAAGGGCCUGGAAGUGAAUCUGGACAAUGGUUCUAAGCCUCACCACCCACCGUGGAAGAAGAAGGUGGCUGUAGCCUUGGGAAUCGGCGUUGCCGGUGGAGUGGCUGGUGGUGUGUUGGCGAUCAUUGCCCUGGGCAGUGGGCUGAGGCUGGUGUACAGCAGUGCCGGCCUUGAGUCCUUCAAAGUCUCCCUGUGGAACGGCUGGCUGCCCAGGAACCUGGACCUGUUCAGGAAGCCGGGCUAGCUUUUUAAAGGAGUGUCUGGCGGUCCGAUUGUGGCCUGGCUAGGAGGGAGGGCUUCCACCUCCAAAAGAGU